AUGAAAUUUCAAUUCGCUCAGAUAGUAUCAAUAACUAGUAAUAUAGAAUAUGCCAAGGUAGUUACUUCUAGUGACAGUAAUAACAUUGCUAUCAAUGUGAUAAAAUGGCAUACUUAUAUUGCCCGCAUGAUUAAAUGGUUUCAGGCAACCCUUAUUAUUAUUGUUGAAAAGGAAUUUUUUGAUGUAAUCACACCAUUAGUGACAGAACAUCACAAACUGGCACUAGAAUCUACCAAAACAAUAGAUAAUGUCUCAUUAUCAUAUUUGAAGACAAAACUUAAUAAUGUUGAGGAAUCAAUAAUCAUUUAUUUAACAACACAAAUUAAAAAUCGUACUAAGACAGGUAUCCCACUGUCUAAGACAUACUUCGACACAGCAAUCAACGAUGCUAACAAUCUAUCAAUAAUAGAUAAAUUGGCCUCUAGAGUGAUUCUACGAGACCUAUUCGAUUACCUAAUAAAUAGUAAUCCCUUCAAGAGGUAUCAUGACCAUAAAUAUAGAUACAAUCCUAGUGAGGAUUUGAAAUUGCAAAGAUUCAAAUUUUGA